ACAAAACUGCACAACAUGUAGUUUAUAUGUGGCUAUAAAUGUUUUAGCGGAUAUAGCACAUAAAUAGAAAAAAAGAAAACAUUCGAGAAAACAACAGCGAGGAAACAACACCGGAAGUGGGCGGUUAAACGCGAGAGAGAGAGAGAGAGAGAGGGAGAGAGAGAGAGAGAGAGAGAGUGGUGGAAGCGGACACACGGGCAGCUCAGGUUGUCUCCUCGCCUUCUCUCUGUACAUCUACCCGGAGCUUGUAGCUGCACUUUUAUGCGACUCGACAGCACGUUUCAUCCCCCUGCCGAGUCUUUGCGACAUUUCUUCCUUCUGGCAGCUGGGAGCAGAAGCCCUGCCGAGCUGGCACAGAUUGGUUGUCCAGCUUAUCUUAUGAGAAAUCAGGAAUAUGUGAGCUUUGGCAAGGGAUCCGUACAAGACGAGGUCAAGGGUGACACCUCACUGAAAACCAUAACCAUAAAUACUCCCGAUCAUAUUUCAUCUAGAGUCACACUGAACCUGUGUGCGUUUACACAUCCCUGCUCUAUGUUCUUAUUCCUCAGACACAUCAAGCUAGUAAGCUUAGGAUUUUCAGUUGAGAAUCACCACAGCGAACGCCGUCAACUAAUCCCUCUUAUCCGAGUCUGGAAAACAACGCUACGAGUUUAAUCGACAAGGCUGCAUAACUCACUGCACAAGCUGCCAAGCGCUAGAGGUUUCACUGUGCUUCUCUUCAGUCGCUCCUCGUACAUGGUAACACAGGACUGAAGACAAGUGAUGGCGGUGUGGAUUCAGGCCCAGCAGCUGCAGGGUGACGCCCUGCACCAGAUGCAGUCACUCUACGGCCAGCAUUUCCCCAUAGAGGUGCGACACUACCUGUCCCAGUGGAUAGAGGGCCAACUCUGGGACGCUAUUGACCUGGAGAACCCACAAGAGGAAUUUAAAGCUAAGCGCUUGCUGGACAGUCUAAUUCAAGAACUACAGAAAAAGGCAGAACAUCAAAUGGGAGAGGAUGGCUUUCUGCUCAAGAUCAAACUAGGCCACUACGCUUCACAGUUAAAGAGCACAUACGACCGAUGUCCGCUGGAGCUGGUGAGAUGCAUCAAACAUAUUCUCUACACAGAGCAGAGACUCGUCAGGGAAGCUACUAAUUCGAGCUCUCCGUUGAGCGGAAUGAUGGACAGCAUGUCUCAGAAGUACCAGCAGAUAAACCAGGCGUUUGAGGAGCUGAGGGUCCUGACGCAGGACACAGAGAACGACUUGCGCAAGCUUCAACACAACCAGGAGUACUUCAUUAUACAGUAUCAGGAGAGUCUCCGAAUACAGGCUCAGCUAUCGAGUCUGGCCACUCUUCCCCCCGCCGACAGACAGCUGCGAGAGCCGAGCCUCCUCAGCAAGAGAGCCACGGUCGAAGCCUGGCUCACCAGAGAAGCCAACACCCUGCAGAAAUACAGACUGGGCCUGGCAGAAAAGCACCAGAAAACACUGGCAUUGUUGCGGAAACAACAGACACUGAUACUCGAUGAUGAGCUAAUCCAGUGGAAGAGACGUCAGCAGCUCGCCGGCAACGGAGGGCCACAUGAGGGAGGACUGGAUAUCCUGCAGUCAUGGUGUGAGAAGCUCGCAGAGACCAUUUGGCAAAAUCGGCAGCAGAUCAGGAGGGCAGAGCAUUUAAGACAGCAGCUGCCAAUCCCCGGCCCCAUUGAGGAACUUCUCAAUGAUCUCAACAGCACCAUCACUGAUAUCAUCUCAGCGCUCGUCACCAGCACCUUCAUCAUAGAGAAGCAGCCGCCUCAGGUGCUUAAGACUCAGACAAAGUUUGCGGCUACGGUGCGUUUGCUAGUGGGAGGAAAACUCAACGUCCACAUGAACCCUCCUCAAGUGAAAGCCACCAUCAUCAGCGAGCAGCAGGCCAAGGCGCUGCUAAAAAACGAAAACACCCGGAAUGACAGCAGUGGAGAGAUCCUGAAUAAUAACUGUGUGAUGGAGUAUCACCAGACCACAGGCACCCUGAUUGCACACUUCAGGAACAUGUCUUUGAAGAGGAUCAAGCGUUCAGACCGCCGUGGGGCAGAGUCUGUAACCGAGGAGAAGUUCACCAUCUUGUUCGAGUCACAGUUUAGUGUCGGGGGCAACGAGCUGGUUUUUCAGGUCAAGACCCUGUCUUUGCCUGUCGUGGUGAUUGUCCAUGGAAGUCAGGAUAACAAUGCCACAGCCACGGUUCUAUGGGACAACGCUUUUGCUGAACCGGGCCGAGUUCCUUUCCUCGUUCCUGAUAAAGUGAUGUGGCCACAGCUGUGUGAAGCUCUCAAUAUGAAGUACAAGGCAGAGGUGCAGUCGAACCGAGGGCUGUCUGAGGAGAACCUGGUCUUCCUCGCUCAGAAGGCCUUCAGCAGCUCCAGCUCCAACCCUGAGGAUUACCGGGGCAUGACCAUGACCUGGUCCCAGUUUAACAGAGAAAGCCUUCCAGGUAGAAACUUCACAUUCUGGCAGUGGUUUGACGGUGUCAUGGAGCUCACAAAAAAACACCUGAAGCCUCACUGGAAUGAUGGGGCAAUCUUGGGCUUCGUGAAUAAGCAGCAGGCUCAGGACAUGCUGAUGUCCAAACCUAAUGGAACGUUCCUGUUGCGCUUCAGUGACUCUGAGAUAGGAGGCAUCACAAUCGCAUGGGUGGCAGAGAAUCCCAACAAAGCAGGUGAGAGAAUGGUGUGGAACCUCAUGCCUUACACAACCAAAGACUUCUCUAUUCGCUCUCUGGCUGACCGCAUAAGUGACCUGAACCACCUGCUGUUCCUGUACCCCGACCGACCCAAAGACGAGGUCUUCUCCAAGUACUACACCCCUCCACUGUCGAAAGCAGUGGACGGCUACGUCAAACCGCAAAUCAAACAAGUGGUACCAGAGUUUACGACGCCUAAUCCAGACCCAGCAGCAAAUCCAACCUACAUGGAUCACGCGGCAUCACCAGCUGUCAGUCACCCGCAAAACUAUGGCAUCUACCCACCAAUGAGCGACAGCAUGCUGGACGGCGAUGGCGACUUUGAUCUGGACGACACCAUGGAUGUAGCAAGGCACGUGGAAGAGCUGCUCCGCCGACCAAUGGAGGGCCAGUGGAGCGGCCAGCAGUCGUGACCUCGCGACCUCUGACCUCUCUCCCUUAAUGAAGGCUUAUUCCAUUCAUCUCUCCUUCCUUUUCCCUUCCCUUCAUUUCAUCCCUAAUGUGAAAAGCUCAGCGGAUGUGGUUGCUUCUAAUUUUAUUUUGGUCUCUUUUUUUUAUUAUUUCUCCUCUUUCCUCUUUCAUUGUUGUUUUUUUUUCUCCGCAUGUGAGCUGAAUGCACAUGCGUGAAAGAGAAAUGGAAGAAAAAUACUACUAGCUUUCUCUUCAGCUCAAUACUACCAAACAGUAUUGUGAAAAAAAAAAUGUUGUUACACACGUGUUCUUUUUUUUUUGUUUUGUUUUUUUUUUAGUUCUUUUAGUUUUAUUGUUUUAUUUGAAGUGAUAUUUUCUGUCAACAUCAGAAAGCCCAAAAUAGAACUGUACUACUGUAAAAAGGUGUUUUCUUUUCCCAAUGUUAUUAUUUUUGUCUUUUAUUUUAUACUGUGUCCAGAUUUUUAUUUUAGGUUUUUUUUUUUUUCUCCCCGAAAGUUCACGUGUACAACCCAUUGCACUCUGGAACAAACGCAUCUCUUUUUUUUUCGUGGGGGAAGUAAGAAAUGAGAUCACUGUUACCGUGGCAACGUGAGAUCACUGUUGUAAUGUAUAUUCGAUACACUAAAAGCGUAAUUCAAUUGUGGUAGAGCCAUUCAUAGUCAGCGUGUGUACAAAUGUUCCUGAGCAGACUGGACAUGCAUUCUCAAUGCCUGAAUAUAUCAAAUACACACACACACACACACACACACACACAUCAUUCACAUCAUACACACACAGAUGAAAGUAGUAUCUGAGAAGUCAGGGUAUUUGAUGACCCUGAGAAACACACACACACUCACACACACACACACACAUACGCACACAGUGCCGUGUUUCUCCCUCUCGCUCUGUUUCUCCAGCUGAAUAAGGGUGUGGUGAUGUAUUUGUGUGUCGGACAAACGCUGUUAUAACGCAUGCUGUACUCUCUCUUCACCCAGAGCCGCAGGUGAACCACUGCACUUGUUGUCAUGGUGACGUAUGCUGCUCCGAUCCUGUGUCCACUCACCACCCUAUAUCUAUCAAAGUGCAAGAAGUGAACCCGCCCACCCUUACUCUCACUUUUUCUUUUUUCUGCCUGUAUGUUCACUAUUUGCCCUCGCAAACACACCACACACACGCGCACACACACACAUUUAUACACUCAGGACAAAGAAGUGCAGUGGAUGUAUUGUUCAAGCUAAAGGAAGUAACAAAAACGAAGAUCUAUAUUCUAUAUAUAUAUAUAUAUAUAUAUAUAUAUAUAUAUAUAUAUAUAUAUAUAUAUAUAUAUAUAUAUAAAUUUAUUUUUCUUUAACAUAAUUCUAUUUUAUUACUGUGGAAGCUCUCUCUAUGCUCUGUGUACUGUGAAUGCAACCCGCAACCUGAACACUUGGUAGUAGAAGCCUCUUGGUGCUGACUGAAACCAGCCAUUAAAGGAGCGGUUUGUCAUUUUUAGAGCCCUCUACUGCCUGCGAGGUGAAAUGCAACUACAGUGACACCAUUAACAAAUGUCUUUUUCUUCUUCUAAAAAAAAAAACAAAAAACACACGCGCUCUGUUGAAACUAUGCAUGCAGCUCUGUUUCGUCUGAGAUCAUUUCCAGGCCAGAAAAUGUAAACAACCUGAAAUUACAAAAAGAGAAAAAAAGGAAGACUUGAUUGCAUGCUGAUUUAUCUUUGCUUAAAUGACUCGCUUUCCAAAGGUCUAGAAACAUUUUAAAAAUUACAAACUGCACCUUUAAGUGAGGAAAAGAGCGAAGUCAGCAUCAGAGUGAUUUUUUCUACCAACACUGCGAUGUCGCUUUUACUCCUCAGCCGAGCUGUUGGAUGACUAAAAAAAGCCAUACAGCGAAAGCGCACUUAGCCACUGUGCUUCAUGUGUUUCUUGCAAAUGUUCCUAAUUAAUACAGUUUGAUUCAUCUUGGUGUACCUUUCAACCUUUUUCCUGCUUAUGUGGGAAGUUGUGUGAUUUUUCUCCUUCAUCCUCGUUUUUUUUUUUAAUUAUUCUUUUGGUGAGACUGGUCAGUCUCGUCACUCGGUCGUCAGUCUGUCACACUCGUGGUGGCAAUGGACAUGUGUGUGGGUGUGGGUGCGUCUCUGUGUGGGUGUGUGUGUUGUGUGUGGAUGUGUGUUUAACCCACGUCUUGUGAGUGUUCCCAUGUUUUUUGUUCGGUUGUAGUGCUUGGAUAUGUGUUUUAAAAGAAGAACAAUUGAAAAUAAAGUUUUAUAAAUAAUUUAAACUGUA